AUGAAGUCUUCAGGAAGGACAACCACCAGUGAUGAGUUCGAAGCAGCUGAAAGAGAAGCCAACAACGAAGAGGAAAGCUUUGAUGUUUUAGACGUUGUCAACACCAGGAUCCCUGGGUUUACAGAGGAGGAGCUCCGGAAAAUGGAGUCAUUUUCAGAACGAGGGGGGGAAGAAGCGCUAGCACAAGGAGUUCCUCCUAGCGCCACAUCCAAAGAAGAAGAGAAAGAACAGGAGAGCAAGAAGGUCAAGGCAGAAGUACAAGGUACUCUAGAUGACAAUACUUUCCUUUUGAAGGUUUUAACAGAACGACAGGCAGAAGAAUUGCCAUUAAGGCAGGCUAUGAACGUGGCAGCGUCCACAGAUAAUUUUGAUUUAGAGAAUCCCCAUGCUCCACCUCCAACAGACCUGGCGCAUCAUGAAAAAGUGGACACAAGAACUACAAAUCCAAAUCAUGAAGGCGCCGGAGCUGAUUUGCUGGAUCCACAAGCUCUGCCUCGGACAAGCCUGACCCGUGAUGAAGAAGUGGCUAGAAGAAUCACUAGUACGCCGGGUGCCUAUUCUGUGGCACCUGGCUUCGAACUUCCAACAACUGCCGCCACAUAUGGCAUGCUUGCAGGACAUCCAGUAGCUGGGAUUGAGACAAACUCCAGCCUUCCAUCCGAAGUAGUAGCGCAGGAACGCUCCCUUGGUAAUAGUGGCUUGGCUGUGGCAAACCCAGUGGAUGAAACAUUUCACCAGGAUCUUCCCCAAGCUCAAGAGUUUGAGACCCAAGAAUCAACAAGAGACUCAACUGACAAGAAAUGCAAGCCCCCCCUUCCAUUGGGAGCCAUCGCAUUGGUGGCAGUCAUGAUCAUAAUCGUUGCCAUCAUGGUUCCUAGAAAGAAGGAUGAUGGUGUUGCCCCAAUGACUGCAGUUCCAACCAGUACGCCAUCAGCAGCACCACCCAUGUCUCUGGAUGGAACCAUCAAGGCGUUGCUAGAAGAGGAAACCCUAGUGGCUCUAGCAGACCCAGGGUCACCUCAGUUUAGGGCAUUUGAAUGGUUGUUGGAAGAUCCCAAUCUUCCUUCUUACUUGGAUGCUCACUUGAGGCAAAAGUUUGCCUUGGUGUCACUUUACUAUGCCACCAGUGGAGACACUUGGAAGGAUAAUACCAGCUGGCUUGACCACAGCAUAGACGAGUGUGAGUGGUACAAUGCACCUGACUUUGCUCAGAAGGCAUUGAUGGAUUCUCUAUAUCACGGGCACAUGUCUGGGUUUCCCCCAUCCACAGAGCCACCACCGCCACGAUGCAAUGAAGAUGGCCUGUAUCAGCAUCUUUGGUUGGACAAAAACACUCUUGUUGGGAACCUUCCAGAAGAGCUCUACAUGCUGACAAGCCUACAAACACUGUCUCUUGGGUACAACCAGCUUGAAGGCAGUCUUGGCAGCCGUAUUGGACAGCUUGCUGAUUUGGAGGGGCUGGCCAUUUAUGACCAACCACCAGGUGGCAUUCCUUCAGAGAUUGGCCUCCUAUCCAAGCUGAGAGGUCUGCUGCUUGCCAACAGCAACCAUCAAGGCCCUCUUCCAUCAGAGUUGUGGCAGCUGACCAAUUUGGAGCAUUUUGUUCUAUUUGACCAUCAGCAAAUGCAGGGAACCAUUUCCACAGAGGUGGGAAUGCUCUCAAAAUUGAAAUGGUUUGCUAUAGACAUCAGUGACGUCUCUGGCACUAUUCCAACAGAGCUUGGACAAAUAGAGACAUUGGAGUGGAUUCUUCUGGGGCGGAACAUGCUAUCUGGAUCCAUCCCAAGCGAGCUAGGCUUUUAUACCAGCAAGCAGCAUAUAUUCUUAGAUGGCAAUGACUUGGUGGGGACAAUUCCUAGUGAGUUGGGUUUGCUCACUUCUCUUUUUCGUCUUUCAUUUUGGGACAACCACAUCACUGGUACAGUCCCAAGUGAACUUUGUCUCCUCAAGAAUCUGGAUCUCGCAUUAGAUCUCGGGGUAAAUCUGCUAACAGGAAUCAUGCCAACAGAGCUUGGGCUGUUGACAGACCUACACGAUCUUUUGCUGGACCACAACCAACUCUCUGGCCAGAUCCCUAGUGAGUUUGGUGAACUUGCCAGUCUGCGUAUCACAAAUUUGGCAAACAAUAGCUUGUCAGGCUCUGUCCCAGUGGAACUAUCAUCUCUACAACAGACACUGCACUCAUUAUUGUUGGAUGGGAAUCCGAUGAUGACGGGAACUAUCCCAGAGCCCCUUUGCCACUUAAAUGGAACCUGUGUCAUACCAGCAGGUUUCGCGCAUUCAUGUGCGGGACGAAUGGGGGUGUUCUUUGGGUGUACUGAUCUCCUGUGUGGCUGUGAUUGCUCCUGUGGAGCCUGA